AUGACGACCGAGCAGAUGCUGCCAACAAGCCUCACUGGUCGGAAAGCACACCGUAUUUCAAACCCUUUCUCCUCACGAUUCGUUUUUGUGGCACUUCCUGUUGCCGAGGCAUUAACCCCCAGGGCGAUUUUUAUUGUUAUUUUUUUACUGUUAACGCCAGCGACUCGAGUGAGCACUGCAUCUACUCCUGAACCUGGCACUGCAAUGCUGCGCAUGCAGUGGUCGGUGGCUGUGGCUGACUACCCCCAGUCCGAUCCUUACGCGAAUAGGAUGCUACGAGCUGAUGGUCUGGAAGUACGUUACGAAGAGCGGGCUGGUGAACUCAAGAGUGUCCAAUCUCAACAUGAAAUUGUGGUCAAUCUUCUGCCUUGA